AUGACCAACAUCCUGAAAGAUCUUAAAGACCACUUACCUACGUUUAAAACCAAAAAUGAUUCCUUUUCCGACGUCGUUCCCAAACUAGAAGAAUCUUUCUUGAAAAGCAAUGAAAACGGCGGUAAGAAGAAAGGCUUUUUCAAAAACUGUAAAGCGGGACCACCAAUCACUACUAAACAUAAAAGUUGCCAAAAUAACUCGAGACCUAAGUCAGCAGGAAAUAUUAAAAACAACAACGUAAACAAUCCGAUACCUGCUUCUGCACCUAAUAACAGGAGUCCGAACUCCGAAGGCACUGUCAUUAAAACUAGAACUGCUGGAAACAAACCCGUAACUAAUUCGGCGAAACCUAGUACGACCGGCAGCACAAGGUCUAACGCAAGUUCUAGGCAAAGCAAUAUAUCCAAUUUAACUAAUUUAUAUAGAAAAGCAAGCCCAAAAUUGGAAUAUAAUCCUCUAGGCGUGUUAAAGGCUGAAGUACAAAAAGCUAUAAAGGAAAAAAAAACCUUCACAAUUAAGGGUACUUUUCCAGCAGUUCGUCGUGCGUUAUUAAAAAGAGGGUGGGUUGAAAAAAUCCAAAUCUCUUACAAAUCCAAAAUGAAUGAUGAUCUGAAAAAAUUCCAAACAUACUCAAUUCAUGAAUUAGUAACAUUGAUUCGGAAUAAAGACAUCGCCGAGACUUGUAAAACGCUAAUCAAAUCCAAGUUAUUGGAAACCCACCAAGUGGACUUAUAUUGGAGUUCCACCUACGAGUCAUUUAAAGAGUGUCCAGAUAAGAUUAAACUUACAAAAAUUAAUAAAUUUAGAUAUAACUUGUUCAGUUAUGCCAACAAACUAGGAUUAUGCUACGCUAAUAAGAAUUCUGUAUGGUUUAGAAUCCCUGGAGUAGCAAAUCUGAAUCACCCUCGUACAUACAGCCUCACAAAAGAUGGAGACACACCAGAAUUCAUAAAAGACUUCCAUAGGACGGCAGCCAUGUCACUGCUGAAAUGGGUCGUUAAAAAUAGUGACACUGGAGAGUAUAAAGUUUUAAGUCAAUCUGGAAAAAUACCGAUAGAAGUAUUUGACUUUGCCAUAAAUGAGUGUUAUAAAUUUAUUAAAAAGGCACAGCAUGAAGACAUUGACAAUGAAAUCGAGGAAGCUCUCGACUAUGAAUGGACUGAAUUUUUGAACUACUUUUAUAAAACCGUGCACAUCGGAAACCACUUCAGAAAGAUCAGUGACGUAACGGAAAUUGAUAUGGUUAGGAAAGCUAAUUUUAUAUUGAACAAACUAAACAUAUACUGGCCGUACCUCGAAAUGGAUGGUCUGAUGAAUAUUUGGAUCUUAAAGCCGAUUGAUAGUAGCCAAGGUGUUGGUAUCCAUAUGUGCAGGACAUUGCAAUACGUUUUAAAAACUAUUAGAGCUAAUCCAAACAAAAGAUAUAUAAUUCAAAAAUAUAUUGAACGUCCACUUUUGAUACAUAAUACAAAAUUUGACAUAAGGCAGUGGUUUUUAAUUGGUGGCACUGUACCAUUAACGAUAUGGAUGUACAAGCGGUGUUACAUUCGUUUCAGUUCGCAAACUUACAAUUUGCGAAAACUGCAUGAAUCAAUUCACUUAACGAAUAAUGCAGUUCAAUCUCGAUACCGAGAAGCAAACCGAGAUAUUGCCCUGCCUUCUUACAAUAUGUGGGACUCUGUUCAAUUUAAAAAUUAUCUCUCAGAUAUAGGCUACCCAAAGGCAUAUGAUACUAUAAUUUAUCCUGGAAUGAAGCAGUGCAUAAUCGCUGCUGUAUUAAUACACCAAGAUAAACUAGAUCGAAGGAAAAACUGUUUCGAAUUGUAUGGUGCAGAUUUCAUGUUAACUGAAGAUUUUAAGCCUUGGCUAAUAGAGAUAAAUGCUAACCCAGCUCUGCAUGGCUCUACCCCAAUAACAGCAAGAAUGUGUCCGCUAGUUUUAGAAGACGUAAUAAAAGUUGUCGUAGAUUAUGACGCAAAUAAAUCUGCCAGUACUGGAAGUUUCGAACUAGUAUAUGAAAAAAAUUUACCCAUCGACAUUAAAAACCCAAAUCUCCAGGUUCAGGGAACACCAGUGACAGCUAAUUACUUCUACGAACCUGAGGUAAAAGAGGUAAAACCUCCCGAGGUUGAAAAAAUGAUUACGCAAAGUUUUCCGAAUAUGCAAGGACCAGAUGCUAUAGACUAUGUAAAGCAUAUCGGUAAUGGAAUGAGAAAGACGCUGGAAGAUUUACUACUGAUACUAAGAAAAGAAAAGGAGAAAAGGCAUGCGAGAAAAAAUAAAAGUUUAUCUUUA